UCCCCCCCCUCUCUCUCUCAAGUCUUCGUACGAACAGAGAUUUAUGAUCCUUACAAAGUUUUGUGGUCAGAAAUCCCUUUAAAGUAAAGCUGCAACGACUAUUAUAAACGUUGUUUCAAGUUUCAACCCACGCAUUCAAAGCUCUUGUUUGUUUGGUCCUCUGAUUUUUCGUAUCCGAUUCCCCAAUUUCAGCACCGUUUCUUUGGGUUUUCUAUGAGAGCUUGUUGCCUUCUGCAGCUUUCACCUCUCCUACCAUGUUAGACGCUCCCGGUUCUGGUCGUGAUUCCGAGCUUAGUUUGGAGGCUCUCAGUUCAACCCAGCGAAGUUCCAUGAGCAGCGAAAGCAUUUGCAGCACCAGUUUCAGCCGUCUCUCCUUCGAACUCCUUCCUACGUCGCCCGAAAGCCUCUCCCUCAAGCCUCAUCGGUCGUCGGACUUUGAAUACUCCGCUAUCCGCUCCGCCACGUUCCGCCGCAAGACGGGCCUCACCUUCCGCGACUUCCAUCUCCUCCGUCGCAUCGGUGCCGGUGACAUCGGCACGGUCUUCCUCUGCCGCCUACGCAACAGCAGUUACGCCGAAGACGAUCGGUUUGUCACCGGCACGGAGGACGAUGUCGUUGUCAACCGCGAGGACGAUGGUUGCUGCCUGUAUGCCAUGAAGGUGGUGGACAAAGACGCGGUGGCAUUGAAGAACAAGUCUGAGAGGGCGGAGAUGGAGAGGAAGAUUCUCAAGAUGCUGGAUCAUCCUUUCCUCCCCACGCUUUACGCCGAGUUCGAGGCUUCACACUUCUCUUGCAUUGUCAUGGAGUUCUGUUCCGGUGGGGACUUGCACUCCCUACGCCAUAGACAGCCUCAGAAGCGAUUUCCUCUCUCCUCUGCAAGGUUUUAUGCUGCAGAAGUGCUCGUGGCAUUGGAGUACCUUCACAUGCUGGGAAUCAUUUACAGAGAUCUGAAACCGGAGAACGUGUUGGUUAGAUCCGACGGCCACAUCAUGCUCUCCGAUUUUGAUCUCUCGAUGUGUUCUGACGCAAUCCCAGCCGUUGAAUCCUCUGACUUAUCUCCCGAUCCUGCGUUCCGAGAUACCGUACCGUGUACCCGCCCGCACUCUAAUCCGUUCUCGUGCCUCCCUAACCGGAUUUUUCGGUCCCGCAAGGUCCAAACCCUUUUCCCAAACCGACUAUUCGUGGCCGAGCCGGUAUCUGCUCGGUCAUGCUCCUUUGUAGGGACCCACGAGUACGUCUCUCCGGAGGUCGCCUCUGGCCACUCUCACGGCAACGCCGUCGACUGGUGGUCCUUCGGAAUAUUCAUCUACGAGCUCAUUUACGGGAGAACACCGUUUGCAGCCCCUACGAACGAGGCUACGCUGCGAGGCAUCAUCAAGAAGCCCCUCACCUUCCCCACCGCCACGCCGUAUAGCACGCUUGAGCUACACGCGCGUGACCUGAUAUUCAAUUUGCUUCACAAAGACCCUACCCGGAGACUCGGGUCAAAGCGGGGCGCGGCAGACGUGAAGAAGCACGCGUUCUUUAAAGGUCUGAACUUUGCUUUGAUACGGAUGAUGACGCCACCAGAGGUACCAGGUUCGAGGAGGCAGAAGACGACGCCGUUAGGCCAGGUGAAGGGAAACGGAAGUAGGACUGGCAGGAGACAGCGGCUGCAGCCAACGGCGACGUUUGACUACUUCUGAUCUUCAACCGGACGACCGGCGAACUUUGCGCCACGUGUUCGUCGCUGCCCCCGUCCAGAUUUUCUACCUGGCGGGUGACGUAUUUGUAUAUUCGAGCUGUAAUCCCUUUUUCUUUUUUGGAAGGAAAGAAAGUUUAAUAUUUUAAUAUUCAAGCUAACAACUUCAGAAUUUUAGUUCGAAUGUAUAAAAAAGUUCACUCCACAAAAUCAAAUAUGGUUCGGGGUGGUGCCCUUGGAAAAAAGCUGAGAUGAGGGCUGUGUCAUUUGCCUUGUAAGGAAGGCCUGGACAAGAUGAGUAUGUAUGUAUAAGGGGAAAUUAAACUUGUUAUGGGAAAAGAUUCUGCGCUUAAAUGUCA